CAAGGUGCAGGUGACACUGGCAGGAUCCGACAAUGCCCAGGAAGCAGAGACUGAAGAAAAUGUGAUGCAGCAACCACCACAGCAGCAGCAUACAACUCAACAAAAGCCACCAACAGCAAAGUCAGCCCAAGGAACUGCAAGGCACAAAAAGAAGAAAUAACAUUUACUCAUUGGUCCAUUGCCAUACACACUGGCUCCAGUGUAUAAAUUGGCAUUCAUCAACAAAGGCUGAAAGUGUGUUUAUAAGAACUUGUGGUGUUUCCUUCUUUUGGAGCUGUGGAUGCACAGGUGCUAAAUUGUUUCUGAAAAUCCAGUGAAAUUGCUGGGGCAGAAACAGCUGGAUUAGGAGGAGAACAUCAUAAAUAACUGAACAGCACUGCUGUGUCUGUGGAGCAUCAGAAAUUGCACAGAUGGCACUGAACUCUUCAGUUUAAAAAUCAUCAAGCUAUAACACAGGGUGUACCUUUAUACAGUGCCUACAAGCUCACAGGUCCAAAAAUUUUGAUUCCAUUAAGAACAAAGAUUAUUAUAUUGAUAAGUUCAGAUUUUUUGUAGAACAUUAAGCUAAACAGUUGGAAAAUGAAAAAUUGGUGAAAGCAGUUACUAUACAACAAAUGAGCAGAAAAAUAAAUGCAAGAAAAAUUUAUAUUCAUUGUAUUUAAGUGGAAGAUAAAUUCAUUCUCUCUCUCUCUCUCUCUCUCUCUCUCUCUCAUUCACACACACACACACACACACACACACACACACACACACACACACACGUGUUCUCCAAUAUCAGCUUUGAUCCUGCAAAAAGGCUAUUUUGUACAUCUACAAAACUGUUCUAAUUGCCAAUAAUUCUCCUUUAAUGCUAAAAUAAAUAAAUCUUAAAUACAUAACCAUCCUUGCAGGAACAGUGUUUAUAGCCCAAAACAUCAAAAGAUCUUAUUCCUCUUACUUUGGAGAAUUUUUUCUCUUUCUCAGAGACUUUUCCUCAUCAUGCUUGUAGCUCAUGCAUGUCCUUGAUGCACUGUGAUACUUUUACAUUGUUUCUUGUGUUGACAUAUAACAUUUAUUGGCAGAUUUUUUUGCAGCCCUGAGUACCUGUUUGAACCAGUUAUUUCAAGUGGCCUUGAUCAGAAGGUGAAUUUAUUCUGCACUAGUUGGUACCUUCUUUUAAGAUUAAUUUUUCUUUCGCACUAGAUAUUUUACUUCAAGACACAAUAUUCCCGCAAAAAAAAAUUUUCAAAGUAGAAAAAGUCUAUAUGCUUCCUUCCAGCAUGUGACCUUUCACAUUUGUCUAAACUUGGCAUUGUAAUAGUAAUCAUUAUUGUUCAAAAUUUUCUGACUAUAAAAUGAAAAUAAUGCUGGAAUAAAGAUGUUUUGCACUGUGUAAUUAGUUACAGAUUUUAGGAGCAGCAAGUCACUGCUUACAUUUAGUGUUUUGCAUUUGGCUUUUGACUGAGACAGUUCUUUCCCAGAAGCUAAAUGAUAAAUAUGGCUACUCUAUCACACAAUCAUCUUUUGAGAGGAAAAAAAUGUGUUCAAGAGGGAAAUUAACCAUUCAUACUGCUCACUGUGUUCUACCAAUUGCUUGUAGUGUAAUGGUCUGAGACCAGAUUUCUUAUAAUUGUGUUGGUUAUAUCAGAGAUAUUCCAAUAUUUUAAGGAUAAAAUUAAUAUUUACAGUACAAACUAAAAUAUACUUCCAAUAUCUGUAUUUAUGUCCAGCAGGAAGUGCAAGUGUACAAUUACAUACAUGCUUUGCUUGAACUUUUAUGUUGUGACAUUAGAAGAAGUUAAUGACUGCUCGUAAUGAAAAAAUAAAGAAUGACUCCACAGACAUACCAGCAGCAGACUCAAUGAACUGAAAAAAAAAACACAAAACACCAAAAGACAACAGGGAUUUUAUCUGUAUGUACUGAAUUAAGAAUAUCUUAUUUGUUAUACUGCACUAAGUGAUAUUAUGCUAUGAAUUUGCACAGUCUUCCCUCCUAAAAUAGGAAUUAUCUCUUGCCUAAAUGUAGCUGAAUUCAUUAAAGGGUUUUCUCUAUGUUUCUGUACUAAUAAUUCCAUGUCAACCAUGUUUCCAUUCAGUGAAUUUAAAAUAUGUAUGCCUAACACAAGUGUUUCUGGAGUUUUACAAUGAAUAUAUUUGUUGUUAUUGAUUGUGAACUGUGGUACAAUGAUGCUGAACAUGAAGCAUAUUAUAGCAUUUCUAAUAUUUCUUGUAACAUGACU